AUGAAUGGAACGAAGCAAAGAUCGUCUAUAUGGGUGGGCGGAAUACGAAAAGUUGACGACAUCCCAUGGGUUAUGGAAACUUACAAAAACGAAGAAGUUGGUCAUCAUAAUUCUGCCGUAUUUGUGGGACCUGCCAUAUCGUUUGAAGAAUGCACUAAAUUGGAAAAAAUCUUUGACUUUGUCGUUACGAUGGCAGAGAAUGAAGACCCGGAAGCUUGCAGUUUCCGCCUGUGGGAUCACGUCACCUUUAGAUUUCCUCCGAUUGGUGAGAACUCGAAAACGAUACCAGUAUCGGAUGCGAAGCUUGCAAACAACAACUCCAACAACGAGCCUAUCGCAAUCAUUGGAAUGGCCUGUCGACUCCCGGGAUCAAACGAUUACAAUACUUUUUGGAACAAUCUUGUCAAAGGGGCUGAUUGUAUUGGAAAAGCACCAAAGGACCGGUUUCAACCUGAACGUGAUAACCCAGAGUUAAUUCCGGAACAUGGUUUGACCGAAGCUGGGUAUUUAUCCUGCCCGGUGGACACGUUUGACGCUAAAUUUUGGGGAAUAUCGCCCAUGGAACUGGACUACACGGAUCCUCAAGCACGAAUGGUGCUGCAGUUAGGUUGGGAAGCGCUAGAGGACGCUGGAAUCCCACCAUCUACUAUACAUGGGACGGAUGCAGGGAUUUUCCUCGGUUUCUGGCGCGAAGAUUACAACGACCUACUUUUACAAUCUGGAAGCAGUGCUGGCAAUGAACUACGACGAUAUUUAGGUUGCUCUAUGGGGAAUGCUGCAGCUCGUAUUGCGCAUGUGUUUGGAACAACUGGACCAGCUAUAGCAACCGAGACUGGAUGCUCCUCAACAAUAUGCUCCAUUGGAGCGGCUAUGACAGCCUUAAGAAACAACAGCACCGGGCUUGCAGUUGCAGGUGGGGCUAACUUAAUCUUGAAGCCCUUCCUUUACAAGGAGUUCCAGGGUGUGCUUUCACCAUCCGGCCGCUGUAAAGUGUUCCAAUCGGAUGCGGAUGGCUUUGCACGAGCAGAAGGAGUAAUCAUGUACAUCUUGAAACGAGAAACUGAUGCAAGACGGGAUGGAAAUCAUAUAUACGCCAUCCUUUCUGGUUAUGGGACCUCGCAAGACGGUCUGUCCAGAUCUGCCGGUACGCCAACGAUUGAUGGAGAAGCACGUGCAAUGACGCUAGCACUAAAGGAUGCCGAUAUUUCGCCAGCUGACGUUGACUGGUUGGAAAUGCAUGGCACUGGUACCAAAGUUGGUGACCCAAUUGAAGUCGCAGCAACUAGAAUUGCAUACGGAUUGGACGCUGGCAGACAAGUGCGAAAGAAACCAUUGAUAAUUACAUCGGUGAAGGCAAACAUAGGUCAUACAGAGAGUGUAUCUGGAGCGGCAGGAUUGCUUAAAGUAGUGAUGGCGAUGCAACAUGAAGAAAUUCCAUUGCAGAGAAUAACUUCUGCACUCAACCCUAAGCUAAUUUUGGACGGCUUGCAUAUACCGUUGGAAUUGCUACCCUGGAAAGGAAAAUACGCAGGUGUCUCUUCAUUUGGUAUUACGGGAACAAAUUCGCAUCUCAUAGUUGAGCGUGCUUCGGUGACGCAGGACAGCAGAUCACAAUCUGAUAGGAUUUCCGCCUAUAUCCUCCCGCUUUCAGCGAAAUGUUCAGACGCAAUGGCUGCUUUAAAGAAGAGACACGUUCUUGCUCUGCAGAAUUUGAAUGAAAGUCAGCUAGCAGAUUAUUGCUACACAGCCGCAGUUUGUCGAGACCACUUCAAUGAAUACCGGGAUGCUGUUGUUGGGUUUACCACGAAGGACCUCAUUCAAGCAAUUGUAUCAGGCAAUAACCUAGAGCCGCCCAUGCCUCACAAAUCAAAUGUGAAAUCAAAAGUCUGCUUUCUAUUUCCCGGGCAAGGUUGUCAGUAUCCAGGAAUGGGGCGAGGUUUGUAUGAAAGGUGUUCUAUUUUUCGACAUCAUCUGGAUAUUAUGGAUGACAUCGCAGCAAAGAAUUAUGGACUGAAUUUAAAGGCCCUAGUCUUUGACGGCACUGGCACAACAAUUUAUUCACAACUUUGCAUAUUUGCUGUCGAAUAUUGUCUUCUGAAAGUUUGGUGUGCAUGGGGAAUUGUUCCCUCAAUUGUUCUUGGACACUCGUUCGGAGAAUUUGCGGCGUCAGUAGCUGCCGGGGCUUUGUCACUCCCAACUGCUCUUGAAUUGCUUGUGACAUCCAGAACUAAAGUUUUUCAAAAUCUAGAAGAAGGAGGAAUGCUCGUGCUUAAAGCUGAUGAAAAUGUAACUACAAAUUUGAUAAACAAUUUUAUGAAGGACGUGGCAGAACCAGACAGCUGGAUAGAUAUUGCAGCCGUAAAUUCAUUCGAGCAAACAGUAAUCUCAUCUACAAAGGAGAUUAUUGCGAGAUUUUCUAUCUUCAGCAACAAACAUGGAUAUAAAAAUACUGUUCUAAAUGUAUCUCAUGCCUUUCAUUCACGAUCAUUAGAACCAAUACUUAACCAAUUUGAAUCCGAAGCAGCUCAAUUAAAUUAUCCACCUAGAUUUAGAACCGUCGAUUAUAUAUCCUCAGUUUACGGAAGACUAAUUAAUGAGUAUGAAACGAUAGAAUCCAAUUACUGGAGAAAGCACAUGCGGCAAAGAGUUGAAUUUAUUGGAGGGGCUAAAUCAGCCCUUCAAAUUGGAAGGGAAUUAAUAUUUUUGGAAGUUGGCCCGCAUCCAGUACUAUGCCCAUUAGUUAGCAGUAUUGCUGAAGCAAAUACAGAGAUAUCAAAUAGAAAAGUUCUACUCUUGCCGUCCAUGAGGAAAGGAGCAGACGAUAUUAUAACCAUGUUGGACACUGCUGCCUCAUUGUAUAGCAAUGGGGUUAACUUGGAUUGGUCCGAAAUCUGGGCAAGUUUGACAUUGGCUCCUCCUUACAAAAUCCCAAGCUUUGUGCCACUAUAUCCUUUUACGACAAUGGAAGCAUUUUGGUUCACCUCAGUCCCUUCCGUAAAGUCAUCACACUUUCUUAAUAGUAGAGAGAUUCACCCGCUAUUGGGAUCAUGUUUACCAACCCUGGUGGAAAAUAACUACGCGUUCAUUAAUUCCACGUCACGGUUGCUGUCGAAACCGAUAACUAGUGACUGGCUUCGCGAUCAUAAAUUGGGUUCACACAUUAUUUUCCCAGCGGCUGGCUAUGCAGAAAUGGCUUUCGCUGCGGUUGACACAAUUAAACGCAUAAACAAUAAAAACACUGGAAUGUCAAAAUUUGGAAUUGAACUGAGUGACUUUCAAAUUCAAGCGGCUUUAUCAUUGGAGACAAAUGCUGAGUUUUACACACGUGUACAAGUAAGCGAGGAGGCUGAAAUCUACACGAUAUCCUUUCUCAGCAGGGAUCCUUCCUCUGACGUAUACGAUUCUCAAAAGCUCCACGCUACCACCAUUGCACGGGUAAUAUCGCCUAGUGUGGACGAAUCAGAAGCGGUGGAUAAAAACCCGAUUAUCUCCACCUUCGAUAUGGCAACUACGAGGGAAUUUGAAAACCUUUAUGAAGAAAUGAAAAUUGUUGGCUAUAAUUUUGGGAGAGCAUUUAGGACGCUGAACAAUAUAGUUUACGAUAAGGAAGCAACAAGUUUCAACAGUGAUGUAAAAAUAGCUGAUAAUCUUCUUGAAGCAGGAUACCUCAUGCAUCCAACCAUAAUCGAUACCUUAAUUCAAAGUAGCCUUUUGAUGAUGGGAAAUAAAAUAACCGGAUUUAAAUUACCCGUUUCAAUAAAAUCACUAAGGUUAUAUAGGCCUCCACGCACUAUGGAUAAGGCAUUACUGAAAAUUGUUGGAUCCGGAUACUCAAUGAGACUUGUUGUGGCAACUACACAUCCGGAUAUACACUCCAAUGAAUCCACUUGGACUGUGGUGGCUAGUAUAACUGGACUUUUAACAGUGUCGACAACUAUCAAACAACUUGAAAAAUCUUUAACAAAACAUAUCAGAAAUUCUCUUCCUAUCUACAUCGAAGAGUGGCGUACAUCGAAUGAAUUGAUGGAUACUCAAAUAGAUGACUUACACAAUAGUUCUGUUCGCAUUCCGGAGCCCUUUAAACUUUCUGAUGACGCACUUGUUGAACUACAACCUCUGCAAGACUUCAUUUUGAGUCGAAUCGUAUCAACAUUUAGCAAACUUGGUUGGAAAUGGUGUAUAGGAAGCAAAGUAAAAGCUACUGAAGUAAUUAAUGAACUUAAUCUUCACGAAGUCAAUCCAAGAUUUUUUGUUAGAUUGAUGCAUUACAUUGAGGAAGCGGGGUAUUUAAAGAAACUCGAGCGUUUUUCAGAAUGGGAAGUUAUACAAGAUUUCAAAAAUGCAAUGGAAUGUGACGAAACAGUCCUUCACUCUGUACUUGAGGAGUGGAAGUUUGCCAAUUUCUAUUGUGCCAAACUUGGAUCAUUUCUUCUCGGGACGGAAUCGGUCCUUCCAUAUCUCUUCCCUGCGGCAUCGUCAACAGAAGCAGAAUUUUCUGCUGACAAAUUGUACACAAAUUUCACCACAAAUGUUGGAUUGCUCAAAAACUUAACAUCAAUGGUAUCGUUUUUACUUGAAAAGAGUUUCAAGAAAGGAAGCAGUUUGAAAAUUUUGGAAGUUGGAGCAGGAACAGGGAGUGCGACGAAGAACUUAAUUCCGCUUCUAGAGUAUUACCAUACAUCUUACACUUUCACAGAUAUUUCACCAUCCUUCCUAUCCGCUGCGGAGCGUAUUUUAUCCAAGACUAAGUGCAUCACGUUCGAGUUUUGCACCUUCGAUGUUCAAAAUGAUGCGCGAAGCCAAGGACUUGAUAACCAUGAUUACGAUAUAAUAAUUGCAUUUAACGUACUUCAUGCCACCCAAGACGUUCAAAAAGUGUGUACCAAUCUUAGGAAGCUACUUACUGCCGGUGGACAUUUAGUAAUUGGAGAACAAUUCAGACCAUCAGCAGUCGUAGACAUUGUUUUCGGUCAUUGUGAAGGUUACUGGAAAUUUGAAGAUACGCACCGAGUAACUCAUUGCAUUAUUGGACUAGAAGGUUGGGAAAAUGUUUUAGCUUGUGCAGGAUUCCAGUCUACCAAAUCACUAGAAAGUAAAGACGUUGGGAUGGGAGUGAUUGUUGCCACAAAUUCCGUCAACCAACAUUCAACAAUUCCCACAUAUAACUGGCUACUAGUUUCCAGCGAGGAAUGUUUAAUCGCCAAUGCUUUAGAAAAUGUUCUUCCAAAACACAUGGGAACACAUAUAGAUUUAAAUGUUACCCACACAUCUAAUGUUGUUGCGAGUACAGAUUUGCUUAUAUUUUGUGUACCAACCGAAAAUGAAAAUUUAAAUGAAGAUCACACACGAAAGCAUUUUCCAGUGCUGGAUUCAUUUCUCAGGCUAGCUCAGGAACUCAUUAUGAGGAAAAAGAGUUGUAAGGUACUUGUUAUCACCCACAACGAAGUAAAUAUUGCUGAUGAAGAAGCGAUAAUUUCAGCUGGUUCUCCAGUCGUAGCCCUUUCCCGUAAUCUAGCCACUGAAGCCAUAAAUAUUCAUGUGACUUGUUUGGAUUUACAUGAUUCUGAAAAUUUGGAUGCUAGAAUAACACAAAUUCUGUCAGAAUUGGAAAAGCCAACUACCAAAUGGAAUGAAGAACCCAUAAUAUGCUACAGAGAUGGGCAAAAGUAUCUGGCCACAUUAGUACGCCUGCAAAUGUGUAAGAUGUCGUCCAUAUCUAGAAAGAUCAACUUGAAACAGCAACUUAAACUUCCUAGUUCACGUUCAAUUCAAGAUAUGGUUUGGGAAGAAGCACCACUAUCCGUUUCGGAAUUGGGUCGCAAUCAGGUUGAAGUACGUGUUCAUUCAUCUGGGUUAAAUUUCAAAGACAUUUUAAACAUAAUGAAGCCUACUGCGGAGUUUCGCGAUUCUCACGGAGUUGGAGCUGACUUCUCGGGAACGAUUGUCGCCAUUGGGAGUUCUGUAUCAAGGUGGGCAGUUGGUGAUGGUGUAAUAGGAAUGAAUCCCCUACCGCAACCGCUUCCAAAUUAUGUGACCUUAAAUGCGGACUUUGUAGCCAGACUUCCACUAAAUUUUAGUCAUUCAGAAGGCGCGUCUCUGCCUACCGCAUUUAUUACGGCGUAUCAUUGUCUCGUUUCGGUUGGAAGAUUGGAGGAAGGAGAGACUGCAUUAAUACACACAGCAUCGGGGGGCGUGGGAUUGGCUGCGAUUCAAAUUGCGAAAUCCCUAGGGGCAAAUAUAAUCGUUACGGCUGGUAGCAAAAGAAAGCGAGCUUAUUUACGAUCACUAGGGUUAACUCAUAUUUACAACAGCAGAGAUACUUCGUUUGCUAAGGGAAUUCUGGAAUUAACCGCAGGGAAGGGAGUAGACCUUGUUCUAAACUCAUUGACCUCGAAAGGCUGGAAGGAAGCUUCACUCUCGGUUACCAAAAAUGGUGGAAAAUUUAUUGAAAUGAGCAAACUAAAUAUUUGGCGUGUAGAGGAAGUUUACGAACAGAGGCCUGACGUAAAAUAUUCAAUAGAAGAUCUAAGUAUUAUAGACGCUCCGCGUGCAAUUUAUUUAAUGGAGCGUCUAAACGAUUGGGUUGAAAAUAAAAAGUUGAAGCCCCUAAGAGUAAAUAUUUUUAGCCAGGAAUAUAUCACAUCUGCAUUAAUAGAACUUCAGACGGCAAGACAUAUUGGGAAGGUGGUUGUAAAUCUUACCGGGCAAAUCUUUAAUACCCGAUCAACCUACCUCAUAACGGGAGGAUUGGGAGGCGUUGGUUUUGAAGUCGCAAAAUGGAUGCUAUCAUCGGGCGCUAAGAAUUUAUUUCUUGUUAGCCGCAGAGGAGAAGGGUUAGCAGAGGCGACAAUUGAAAAACUACGGGACCACAAUUUGGAUGUAUCCUGUGUAAUAAUUAAGUCUGUUGACGUGGGGGAUAAAAACCAGGUCACGCAACUUGUGACAGAAAUUUCAAGAUCAAUGUCACCACUCCGUGGGAUCAUUCAUGCAUCUGGUGUUAUAUCUGAUGGAACCUUACUACAACAAAACAUGUCCAAAAUGGAGACAGUGUACAGUGGUAAGGUUAAUGGUGCCUGGGCCUUACACUACGCAACGCGACAUAUCAAUUUGGAGCACUUUGUCUUAUUUUCAUCAGCGGUGAGCUUACUAGGUGGCAUUGGUCAAGGAAAUUAUGCAGCAGCAAACGCAGCCGUGGCGAGUCUUGUAACUUAUCGACAUCGUCUUGGCUUACCGGCAACAUGCAUUGCAUGGGGACAGUGGGAAGAAUUGGGGAUGACAGCUAACAUUAAUCGAGAUAUAUUUGGCGUCCAGCCGUUUUCUAUCGCCGCUGGCCUUGAGGCACUCGAGACAAUCAUGAAAUCCAACCUUGGCGGAACAGUUGCCCCAACUCUGUGGAGUGAUGACGCGCGGACUGGUUGGUUCCCAAAUUACUUAGACUUGGACCAGAUCGAAGAAAUUAUAAACCACAAAACAGCAGUUGGACAAGAUGAUAUGAAUUUGACCGUCAUGAGUUUGGAAGACCAAAUUGCUGCAGUUGUAUCUAAAAUUUUGCGAGCUCGAGGGUCACUUCUAAAAGAUGUUCAACUCAGGGAUAUGGGAAUGGAUUCGUUAAUGUUUAUCGAGCUUAAAAAUCAACUUAGUUCUAGAUUUGGAUUUCAAGAUGAAAUUCCUGAAGAUAGUACCACUGAGGAUAUAAUUGCGCUUGUUAAAACAGCUCAAGCGUAAUCUUCCUUCAGACAGAUGAACCUACUUAACAAUCCAGAUUAUAUUCCAGACUGAUCUAAGAAAUUUCUAAAUACAUAUUUCGCUCGAAAUAAAAAAAAUCAAACCAUAAAAAUGUUCAAAUAAAUCAAAAAUUCAUAAACUUUGUCGAGGUUCUGAAAAGAACAACAAAUGAUUUGUCUUUUAACAUUGCAACAAACUACUAGGUAUGCAUACUAAAAUAUGUUGAUUAACGUACUGAGAAAUGUUUUCUGGCGUUUUCUUUCAUGCAAUCUGAAUUUACAGCAAAUUAUGCAUAAAUAUACAAGUACCUAGUACAUAGGCAAGUGUAACACUAAAAGUAUAGUGCAGUAAUGUUUAUCUACCUAGGUGCUUAUGAAUAUGUACAUGCUGGAAUAUUUCACUGCAACCUAAUAAAUCCUUA